GCUGGAGCUCAGUGGCCAGCUAGCCAGACUCAGUCGGGAAGGAAUAACGUUAGCUCAUAAUAACCGAGGUCGCUGCUACGAAACGUUGUCCCGGUUGAACUGUUUCUCAAAUAGUCAUUGCUGCAGCAUGCACGAAAUUGUUGAAGCAGGGGUUCCCAUUCAUAGGAAAUUAGUACUGAACCUGUUACCAGAGGAGGGUUUGGUUGCAGAAACGCCGUUGCUAGUGCGCUAGCUGGCUAAUGUAAAUGCUAGUGCAGGAUCCUUGUUGCUUAGCUAGCUUCCCUAAUAACAAGCUAACCUGCUGUAGCUUGUCACUUUGUGUCAAAAGAAGGAGUUAAUCCCGGUAUGGGGGACAUGAAGACCCCAGAUUUUGAUGACCUGUUGGCAGCAUUUGACAUUCCUGACAUAGAUGCCAAAGAGGCCAUCCAGUCUGCACCAGAUGAGGCAGAGGGACCCCAUGGAGCUGCGGGCGCACCUCUGGGAAAGUCGGAUAGUGUGGUGGGCGUUGGGUCAUCCUUGAGACCACCGAGCCCCUCAGACCCCCAGGCGGACACCUCAAUUGUUAGUGUGAUUGUGAAGAAUAAAGUACGCCUUGAGACCGUAGAUGGAGGGGAGGGAGACACAGACCAGGACCCUAUCGAUGUGAUCGCAGGGGUAGAUGUAGGUCCUAGACUAGGUGCGUGUGCCCCUGGAAUGGCUGAAUCUGAGGCUCUCAACCACAACGGUUUUGGAGCGUCUGGUGUCUCCACGCCCCUUCCCCUCAGCCAGGCCCAGUCUAACGGAGCGCCGUGGUCCAUGAACACCCCUAAAGUGUCAGAAGCAGCAGGUGCGGGUGCAGCCAAGUCUCACAAGCAGGGCGGGAAUAUUUUCAACAGACUUAAACCGCUUGUGGCGCAGGGAUCUGGAGAUCCAGUGGGCCGGGCCCGGAAGAUGCAGCUUCUACAGCAGCAGCACCAGCAGCAGCAAGAUACAGGCCAAGAGAGGGCAGAUGGGGUCAAAGCAUCAUUACCUUCAUCUUCCUCUCUAUCAGCUGGCUCAUCUCCUCUGGCUGCAGGUGGGCCCGUCGGAUUAGCCUCGCCUUUCUUUCCGCCUUCCAAGCCUCUGCUUCCCACUCCACCUUCUGCCCUUUCAUCACACCCGCUCCACUCAUCUCAGCCUUUUAACGGAGCUCCAAAAGUUGGCCCUGCUGGAUUUCAGCACCAGCAGAUGGAGGAGGAUGAUUCUGACCCUGAUUUGGGGAGUCCACUGGUGAUCCAAGAGAACCCAGAAUCCCCGACUUGUACUCAACUGAGCCGACGUUACAAGUCUGACUCUGUCUCCACUCAGCCCACAUCCUCUACUGCAUCUCACCCUAAACCUGGGGACACCCCUUCAGGGGCAUCUCUGACUUCAACACCCCAGUCUGGCUCAACAGAGAGUCCCCAGCUGGAGGACAGGCAUCCAGAACAUGUCAUAGAGGAGAGAGACUCACCAGAGAGUCCUGAACCAGAGAUGCCGAAAUCAACUGCUCAAGUUGCAGCUAAGAGGUGCUCCAGCCCUGCAUUGGCCUCCACUCCCCCUCCUCCUGAACUGCGGGAGCCCAAAGAGGAGGAGGAAGAGAUGGAAGUGGGGAAUGGGAUAGAGAAGGUCGUUGAUGGAAAAGCUGACAAGGGAGAAAAUGCGAGAACAAGCGAGGAGAAGAUGGAGGUAGAUGAUGGCAAGCCUAAACCUCCUUCCACUGACGGAGAAGCAGGCAUUUCUGCGCCUGCAGCUUCUGGAGCUCCAUCCCGACCCCUCAAAGUCAGAAUAAAAACAAUUAAAACCUCCACAGGUGGAAUCACUAGAACUGUCACAAGGGUAGCGCCUAAAGGUGGUGCUGCAGGGAAAGGUUUGGACCCUAAAGCUCAAACUGGGGAACGUAAGGUGUUAGGAAACAAGGCCCAAAAACUUGAAGCUGCCCCUGGUCACAUGACAACAACAUCCCAGAAAGUAAGUGCUCUCAAUUCUCUGCCUGUGUCUACACUCGCAGCCAGCAGCGUCAUGCUAGCUGCCGCCACGAAGGUCCAAAACAAAAUGGCUGCAUCUGACAAGGCCAAGGUUUCUGCCACUGCCGUUAGCAUCACUAAAUCUGCUGCCCUGCCUGUAACUCCCGCCGUGGCCUCCUCUCCCAAGUUCUCAGUUGCUGCUGGUGGGAUUAGUGUCCGUACAGCCACUAAUAAGACCGCUAACGGAGGUAGCAGCACCAUCAUAGGCGGCACCCUCCAGCCAAACAAACCUGCCUCCAUCGUCAACAGUACAGGCGCUGUCAUCUCCCGCAGUCAGUCGAGCCUGGUAGAGGCUUUUAACAAAAUCCUGAACAGUAAGAACCUUUUGCCGAGCUACAAGCCCGACCUAUCAGCACCUCCACCACCUGAGUGGGGUCUCCCUCUUCCAGCCACAGGGUACCGCUGCCUGGAGUGCGGAGAUGCUUUUGCCCUGGAGCGCAGCCUGGCUCGACACUACGACCGCCGAUCACUCCGCAUCGAGGUGACCUGCAACCAUUGUGCUAAGAGGCUGGCCUUCUUCAAUAAGUGCAGCCUGCUGCUGCAUGCCAGGGAGCAUAAGGAGCGUGGGCUGGUCAUGCAGUGCUCACACCUGGUCAUGAGGCCUGUCACUGUAGAGCAGAUGAUUGGACAGCAGGACAUAACACCCAUUGGUGGCCUGCUCUCCUCUUCGUCCUCCUCUCCUCCAGUCUCCUCUCCUUCUACCACACCCGGGGGCCCCGCCGUCUCUGCCAACUCCAGCCCAAUGAAGGAUGCUUCAUCUCCAGCAACAGCCCAGCCUCGACCGGUCCGCCGUGCACCUCAGGGCCCCCAGGCACUGAUGCCUCUGCCUUGCAAGAAGGCAGAGGGGCUGCAGUACAACAACUUCAAAUGUCCAGAGUGCCAAACGCAAUUCUCUGGCAAGGCUGAGCUGGUCACCCACUUUCAGCAGAUCAGAGCUGCUCCCAACUCAACAUGUACGCAAUGCUCGCCUCCCAUGAUGCUGCCUAACUCGUGUGCCGUGUCCGCCCACCAGAGGAUCCAUAAACACAGAGCGCCUCAUGUCUGUCCAGAGUGUGGCGGCAUCGCCCGGCAGGCCAGCUUCCAGACCCACCUGGAGGAGGCCUGUCUGCACUUUGCCAGGCGCAUUGGAUACAGGUGCUCAAGCUGCCAGGUCGUGUUUGGAGGGUUGAACUCAAUCAAGUCCCACAUUCAGACUGCUCACUGCGAGGUCUUCCACAAGUGCCCCAGCUGCCCCAUGGCUUUCAAGUCUUCCCCUAGCGCCCAGAGCCACAUCAGCACCCAGCACCCAACGCUCACUGGAGGACAGGCCAAAAUGAUCUACAAGUGUGUGAUGUGUGAUACGGUUUUUACCCAAAAACCCUUGCUGUACAUGCACUUUGACACUCAUUUAGCCAAGCAAAAAGUACACGUGUUCAAGUGUCCUGACUGCACCAAGCUCUACGCCCAGAAAGGAUCAAUGAUGGAGCAUAUUAAGACCGCUCACAGAGGACCUUCAGCCAAACAGACAGAGCCUCAGUCCGAUGCUUCUAACCCUGCCUCAGCCCCGGCCAACGCUUCCGGUCCCUCUGGCGUCAAAUCAAAAUCCUCUGGAAAACCUGACAACUCUGACGGAGAGGACUGGGGGCGGGAACAGGAGGAGGAAGAAGAAGAGGAGGAAGACGACGAUGAUGACGAUGCGGACGAGGACUACGAGGCUCCAGGGACACACCCGACCUCCACGGGGGGCAGCAGUCAACCCCCCGCCCAGACUGAGUGGACGUGUCCCCAGUGUCAGGCCACCUUCACUGACAACGAAGACUAUCUGAGUCAUGUGAAGAUGGAGCACGGCAAGUUCCCUUGUCGUAUUUGUGGAGGCACGUUCAGCACGUCUUCCAGCCUGAGACGUCACGAGCGUGUCAUUCAUGAGGGCAAUAAGAGAGUCUUCCAUUGCCAAUAUUGCACAGAAGGCAAACGAACCUUUGGCAGUCGGUUUUUACUGGACAAGCAUAUUCGGCUCCAUCACAGAACCACAGAUGGACAGGGUCCCCCCAUGACCAGGAAGCGUGCAGCCACAGGGGGAGAAGGACCAGGUAGCUCCUCAGAACAAGACGGUGAGAGCGGACCUCCUGGAGGCAGGGCAGGGGACGAGGAAGAAAACACCACUGAGGACGGUGAGGAGGGUGCAGGUCCUGCAAAGAGAACCAGGGCUUCCAUUGCAUCGUCAUCGUUGGCACCCAACGAGCUGGAGGAGGAAGACAACAUUUUCCGUUGCGUCCCCUGUGGCUUCUCCACCGAGGACGGGGCGGAGUUUCAGCGCCACAUCCCCCAGCAUCGGGCCGACACAGCCUCCUUCCAGUGCCUGCAGUGCGGCGUCUGCUUCGCGUCGGCAGGCUCUCUCAGCAGGCACCGCUUCAUCACUCACCGCGUGCGGGACACCCAGAGCGACGCAGACCGCAGCACCCCACGCGCUCACGGCUCUCCCGACGGCUCGCCCGCCUCCUCCCCUCAGGCACAGGGCGAGGACGGAGAGGGGAAUCUGAGCUGCAAGGUGUGCGGCCGGCGUUUCGACAAGGCCUCGGACCUCAACACCCACUUCAGGACCCACGGCAUGGCCUUCCUCACCGCACACAAGACAGACAAGCCCCAGUAGAGAGCGGGCGGGUCCUCUGAGACCGACAGAUCAUCUACAACGAGGAGUCGAGGGUCACGACGGAGGAGAGAGGCUGUAGAAUAUGAAUGUUGAUCCUGAGAUGAAACAGAGCUGCUUCCUCUGCAGUUUUUUUUUUUAGCCACUAUAAACAGUUUAACUCCAUCUAUGGCACCUCUUCUGUGCAAUUGUAAUUGCAUGUUUGAUCAUGUUACUGGUCACGUGACUGUACACACCUGUGAUAGACUCUUGAGUGGAAAGGCUCUCAAACAGCCCGCCCGAGUAAAGCAUUUAUAUAUCAGCCAUACUGUAUCUAAUAUGUCUUGUCCUUCCUUUUCAGUCACUCUCACUCUGCACUGACUGUAGCCACCUGCCUGUUUUAUCAUGUAACACACUUAAAUACAUACACCUCUCACUGUACUCCUGACAGCUGUAGUGCCGAUAUUUUUGUACUUUACAUUGUUCAUGGUAUUCAUACUUGUUUGCCUCAAGUCCAUGCUCAUUUUUCUGGAAUUAGAUCAGUUUUACCGUCUCCAGAGGCCGGUACGACGGAUUUCAAGCCAAGAUCUCAAGAUGUCUGAAGCAUGAGUGAGUGUUUAGAGAAUUUGACACUGACUUUUAUGUUGCUCUAAUAUUUAUUUAUACGAAACACAUUACUGCUGUUGGUAUUUGUUUGAGUCAGUUGCGUCAAAUCUUACCUGACAUGGUGCGAUUUACCUGCAAGAGAGACAUGAGAUGAGAAUCUUUGAAGGCAUUUUAUUAGGAGACGAGGUUACUGGAGGUCUGUAACCUGUGUAGUGUGAAUAAUGUGUGAUGUUGUUAAUCGUUAAACUAGAAGAAAAGGAGAGGUCAGGCUUCCUGCUUGUAGUAUGUGAGUACGAGUUUUGCCAUGUAAAUACAUAUUACACUAAAAGAAAGCGUUCUGGUUUUAGUAACUUGCUAUGAUAAUGUGAAUACGUAUAGUAUUUGUACUUGUACUUGUACUGUUCCCUUUUUUUUCUCCAAACAAUUUCAAGUUUAAAAGAAAAAAAGAAUCCCCCCCCCCCAGAGGUAGCUAUUCAUUGUAAUUACAAAGCAGAGGGAGAGUGAGGGGGUUGUGUUGUCUUAAUGUGUAUGAAUACAAAUGUUUAUCUCUUUGAGACGGUUCUUUUUUAUCUACAGAAUCAGUGCUUGCUGUAAUCACAUUUCUUUUGUAUGUUUCAAAAACGGCCUUCAUGGUCACAGGAUGGAGGCGUAUGAGUAGAUUUUUUUUUUGUUUGUAUCUUUUAUAUGUCAUAUCAUAUUUAUAUAGCUCAAUUUCCAUGGUUGUGGUCUGCUUGCUGAAAUGCCAUACACUUUUGUGCUGUUUCGAAAUAAAUGUGUAAAAGAGAUGCAGAAUUGAGGGUCGCAUUCA